GGGCGCUGUGGGCGUGGUCAGCGCCGGCCCCGCCCAGCCCGGCGCGGCGGCCAUGACGCGCGCGGCGCGCGGGGCCCGGCAUGAGGACUUUGUGGAGAUUGAGAUACUGUGCCAAACUACUGAAAACUAAUCAUUUUAGGACAGCUGCAUCAAAUACAUCAUUUCCAACAGUUUGGACGCUAUUGGCACAACAUUCUGGCAGAAUACCUGGGCUCUUUGUAGUAGUUAAAAAAAAUACUUUAUCCACAAUGCCCGAAACCGUGGAGGAUCAAACUAAUCCAGAACUGUAUUUGCCACAUCCUGGAGUGCGUGGGAUGACGGUGCUCAACAGAGAGGCUUUCAGAAGGACAGUGGUUGUUCCAGCUCUUAAAGUCAAGAAAGAAAUUGUGCAUAGUGUGCUCAAGUCCCUAAAACAAUCAGUACUGCAGCGCCCCGGCCUCAAGCGGGUGGUGGAGGAUCCAGAGGAUGAGGACAGCAGAUUUGUUAUCCUGGAUCCUCAUAAAGUACCAGAAUUCUCAUUAGGAGAGUCAGAGCAGCAGGUCCUGAAACAGCUCAAUGUCCACCCUGAGGUGUCCAAGUACCACCUGGAGCUGAGCUAUGAGAAUUUCAAGACGGAGGAGAUCCUGCGAGCCGUCCUUCCCGAAGGUCAGGAGGUCACCUCCGGAUUCAGCCGUGUUGGCCACAUUGCUCACCUGAACCUCAGGGAUCACCAGCUGCCCUACAGACACCUGAUCGGUCAGGUUAUAAUGGACAAAAAUCCAGGAGUCACCUGUGUAGUGAAUAAAACCAAUAUUAUCGACAGCACAUACAGGAAUUUUGAAAUGGAAGUGCUUGCUGGAGAGAACAACCUGGUGACCAAGGUCAAAGAAAAUAACAUUGCCUAUGAACUGGACUUUUCCAAAGUGUACUGGAACCCGCGCCUGUCCACCGAGCACGGCCGUAUAGUGGAGCUGCUGAGGGCCGGCGACGUUCUCUUCGACGUCUUCGCUGGCAUCGGGCCUUUCGCCAUCCCAGCGGCCAAGAGGAAGUGCCGAGUGUUCGCCAACGACCUCAACCCCGAGUCCUACACCUGGCUCCUGCACAACUGCAGGCUCAACAAAGUGGACACCAAGGUGAAGGCGUUCAACAUGGACGGCAGGGACUUCCUGCGGGGCCCAGUGAGGGAGGAGCUCAGCAGAGAGCUCCCGCUCCUCAGGGAAGAACAAAAAAACGCCUUCCACAUAGUGAUGAACUUGCCAGCUCUGGCUGUGGAGUUUCUGGAUGUUUUCAGGCAUCUCUUGGUCGGGGAGCCCUGCAGCCCUGCUGGCCUUCCCACUGUGCACUGCUAUGGGUUCUCCAAACACAGCAACCCAGCCAGAGACAUUCAGGAGCGAGCGGAAGCUACGCUGGGAACCUCCUUGGCUGGACGCUGCUCCACUUUCCUGGUCAGGAACGUGGCGCCCAACAAGGAGAUGCUGUGCCUCAGUUUCCAGAUCCCAGCAGACGUGCUCUACAAGAGGCCCUGCCCUGAUGAAGCAAAACCAGCCUCGAAACGUCUGUGUACCAGCCAAGAUUCUUCUGAAGAGAAGGUACUGAGUUGAAGACCAGAGCUAUAGUGACUACCUUAGUUUGUGUAAAGGAUAUUUGGGGUGUCUCUGUUUUACCCCUUGAGUAGUAAGGUGCAGAACUGUGUUCCUAUCGAGUUGCAGCUUUCCUUUGGGAGCCUUGCUUCCUGCAGUCACCUUUUCUUCUCAUUGUGGGAACAACUGAAAUUGCUACUACAAAAAUUUAAAAUGUUAUUCUCUUAUAAUAAAUUUGUUUUGGUACUUC